GUUAGAGUUGGAGGGCCAAUCGGCAAUAGGAAACAGUUUAGGGGCCACGUAGAGAAACUAAGGGGAAGAAUUGAAACAAAUUCCAAGUCGGCAAGUCCCGUUAUUUUGUUUAAUUUCUGAUUAAUCGAAUUGUUGCGGAGAAAAAGAAACUGAUGAUGGGUUCAUUUGGGUCUCUCAAGCAAGCAAUUUUUGACAAAGAAGCAAGAAAACAGCAGUAUCAGGAUCACAUACGAGGCCUCAACGCCUACGAUCGCCACAAGAAAUUUUUGAAUGAUUACGUUGGUUAUUAUGGGAAAGAUAAAUCUGCUCAAGAAACAUUGCCUGUUAAAACUGACCAAGACACCCUCAGAGAAGGAUACCGGUUCAUAAGGACUGAUGAAGAUGACAUGAAUCCUUCUUGGGAGCAAAGACUGGUGAAGCGCUACUAUGACAAGCUCUUCAAGGAAUACUGCAUAGCUGAUAUGUCUCAGUAUAAGACUGGCAAGAUUGGUCUCAGAUGGAGGACCGAAAAAGAAGUGAUAUCUGGGAAAGUUCAACUGCUACUACGGAUGCUUGUUGCUGGUUCUCCAUUUGAUUCCCUAAGAAUUAAGCUUGACUGCACCUCUUUAUUGUCAGGACAGUUUGUUUGCGGUAAUAAGCACUGCAACGAGAAAGAUGAUUUGUCAAGCUAUGAGGUAAAUUUUUCCUAUUUUGAAGCUGGAGAACAUAAACAGGCUCUGGUGAAACUAGUAGCCUGUGAGAGAUGUGCUGCGAAGCUGUAUUAUAAAAAACAGAAAGAGAAGGAACAAUUGAAACGAAAAGAAAAUGAAAAGCACCAAAGGAAAAGGUCUCAAAGUGAGGAUGAUGCAGAUGUCGACUACGGUAGAAGCAAAGAGAGGAGAAAAGGAGAUAAGGCUUCGACUUCAGCCACUGAUCACAACAAGACUGACGACAACAAUGACAACUUUGACGAGUUUCUUGAGGGAAUGUUUCCUUGACACAGUCCGGUGCAUCUCAAGUUCCUGUCAGGUUUUAUGUUGAAGUACGUAUAUUUGAGAGGUCGUCUCGUGAUUGGUAUGGUUCUAUAUUUGAUGGUCUUCGAUAUGUGAACACGAAGUAAUGGACUCAAUUGUGAUUGUCAACUUUCGAAAUAAAUCACUUGCUUCGUCGAUUGACAAUGCUCAUGUUCGUUUCCUCUCUUUUCAAUUCUCUCUCAUGGACGGCCAACUUGUUUUAUUUCACACAUUUUUUCUUCAAAGACCAGGAAAAAAGAAUUGGACCCCAUGAAGCAACCCAGG